AUGGCGACAGUUGCUCCUGCCCCUACCGCUGCUGACCGUAUCCUUGCUUCCUGUUCCUUUUUGUGGCGGAAGCUGUCUCUGGAGAGCAAGGAUGGCUCCGACGCUGCCAAGAAGCCUUCUGGGAUGCCAUAUGGAUCUGCCCACGCUGGAGAUGCACAGAGCGCUGCUUCGCAGGUGGACAGAUCGAUAACACCUCUACUACAAGAGGCCAUGGAUCCUAACUUCUUCUACCAGCCCAAUGCAUAUGCCUCUCCAGCCUAUUACUUUCCUAGUGGUUAUGAUGGCUCAGCCAAUGAAUGGGACUCAAGGUAUUCUGGUCAUGAAGGAAUGGAGAUGCCCCCUCAGAGUGUGUACGGAGACAUGUACCAUGGAUAUGGCUAUGCUCCAUAUGGCCCAUAUCCUUCGGGUUCUCCUGUACCAAGUGUUGGGCAUGAUGGCCAGUCAUAUGGCUCUCAGCAAUAUCAGUACCCGACUCAAUAUUAUCAGCAACCAACCCCAACAAACGCAAAACAUGGUGUAAAUGGUGCCAGUUCUCAACCUGAACUGCCCUCCAUUGCCAGUCAGCAGGCACGAGUUUUGGUAGAUGCAACAAAAGCAACUCCAAACGUGAGUGCUAAUGGUAUGACGACUGCUCACAACAGUUCGCUGCCGCGUAAGCAAACCCACCUGAAUGUAUCAGUAGCAAACAAUGGUUCAUAUGGAAGAGGACCUAUGCAAGGUGGUGGACCUUCUGCAAGCAAUUAUGGUCACAGUGGUGUUCGUUCUCCAACUCAAUGGUACGAUGGUCCAGUUUACUCGAAUGGGCAUCAGAUACCAACUGCUAGUUCCACAUCUUACCGUUCCAAUUCAUCUUCUACGAAAAGUCAGAGCCAGCGUCCUACAACAAACCUCAUGGGUAUACAUGCACAGAUGCCUUCUUCUGGAAUGGGUCUGACCUCACCUAGCUAUCCUUCUAGGAUGUACCCGGACAACAGAUUAUAUGGACAGUAUGGUCAGUACGGGAACACACUGAAAAGCGGCCUUGAUUUUGGAUCAAACAUGUAUAACUCGAGAAACAAUGGGAGGUGGGGAGUCGUGGAUACCAAAUACAAGCCCAGAGGGCGUGCACCUUUUGGUUUUAGUGGUGAGAAUCAAGAUGGCUUUACCGAGCUGAACAGAGGACCAAGGUCUGGUGGUUUCAAGCACCAAAAACAAUUUGGGCCUACUGUCACUAUUGCUGUGAAGGGCCAGGCCCUCCCUUCAGUGGGGAAACAGAACAGUGCUCUUCCAGACAAAGGCCAAUUUAACCAGGAAGGAUUUCCUUUAGCCUACAAGGAUGCAAAGUUCUUUGUUAUCAAAUCAUAUAGUGAGGAUGAUGUGCACAAGAGUAUAAAAUACAAUGUGUGGGCUAGCACACCUAAUGGAAAUAAGAAGCUGGAUGCUGGGUACCGAGAGGCUCAGGAGAAAUCCAGCGACUGCCCAGUGUUCUUGUUUUUCUCUGUGAACACAAGUGGUCAGUUUGUUGGUGUUGCUGAAAUGGUUGGCCCUGUUGACUUUGAUAAGACUGUGGAGUAUUGGCAACAAGACAAGUGGAAUGGUUGUUUUCCACUCAAGUGGCACAUAGUCAAGGAUGUGCCCAACAACAUCUUGAAGCAUAUUACACUGGAUAACAAUGAUAAUAAGCCUGUGACAAACAGCCGUGACACACAAGAGGUUAAGCUGGAACAAGGUCUUGAAAUGUUGAAGAUUUUCAAAGAACAUGUUACUAAAACAUCAAUUUUGGAUGAUUUUGCUUUUUACGAGAAUCGCCAAAAGUUGAUGCAGGAAAAGAGGGCAAAGCAGCAACUGCUUCAAGGCCAGGGGGGCGAUGUUUCUCAAGAGAAGGACAAGGAUGCAACUAAUGGCAAACCAGGGGCACAGAAACAGGCAUUGAGCAAGGAAGGCACUCCUGCUGAGGCGGCGGCGAAUGCCUCUAAACUUGUAGCUGAAAGUGGCAUAUCAAAUGGCAACUAA